GGAAUGGAUGAGGGGACUCCAGAAGGGGCAUUGUAUGGACCAGGCUGGAAAGCCCUUUGCUCCUCCCCCCCCGCAGGAGGCGCGGUAGGCUGGAGCUCGCCGGAAGUGGCUGCUUCUCCGAGUCAGGGAUCGGAGGGAGGGAACGAGGGAGAGAAGAAGCGGGAGUCCCAGGAUGCUGCGCGUGUCCCUGGCAACCGCCGCCGCGUGAGGAGGACAAGAAUGGGCGAAGCGGGAAUUUGCAAAGGGCUGCCCUCGGCCCUGCCGCCUGGCCCCGGCGCUCCUGGCCCCGGCUCCCCGGAGUUCGGGCCCGGCCUGGAAGCUUCGCUUGUGGGGCUUCCCCGGCCACCGGGCAAGAGACGCAGGGAAAUGGCCAAGACGGCUCCCGUUCGGGUUCCUAUAAAGUUUGAGGAUGUGGCCAUAUAUUUCUCAGAACCAGAAUGGAAAAAUCUGGACAGGUGGCAAAAGGAGCUUUACAAGCAUGUGAUGACCGUCAAUUAUGAGACCUUGUUCUCCUUGGACACUGCCAUUCCCAAACCAGACUUGAUAACCCACAUAGAGCGGGGUGAAGAGCCAUUCAUUAGAGAUUAUAGGACCCAAAUGAACAGAGAAAUUGCAUUAAGAUGUGGUGCUGAUAAACAACAUGACUUGAAGAGUACUUCUACACAUUUACAAGGGAAUCAGAGAGAUGUGAAUAUUGACAAGGAAGAAUGCCAUUUAUAUGGUCUUCAAAGCCAGAACCCAUCUAGACCUUCAUUAGAUAAAAAGGAAGAGUUUUGCUCUAAACCUGAAGUCAUGUGGAGAAGCCAGUACGUGCAGGACACACUUCCCCAAAAGGAAAACGUUUGUAGCACUAAACCAUCCAUCCAAAGUGAGGGAGAAGCAUGCCGCCAAAGCCAGGAUUCACCCAAAGUCCAAGAAAUUCCCCCAGAACAGAGAAUCUAUCCCUGUCCUGUUUGUGGAAAAAUUUUCCAGGUGAAUGACCACAUGGUGAGCCACAAGAAGAGCUGCUGUCAAGACCAGCCAGGCAAAUAUCCAAAAUUCAAGAAGAAAUUCAAUAAAUCAUCUGAUCCCCAGCUACCCCAAAAAAUUCACUUAAGAGACAAACGGUUUCAGUGCAGUGAGUGUGAAAAGAGUUACAGGCGCCAAGUAGACUUACGGAACCAUCAACUUGUACACACUGGUGAGAGGCCUUUCCAGUGCCCUGAUUGUGACAAGAGCUUCCGACAGAAGGGACAAUUACUCAACCACCAAAGUUUGCAUACUGGGGAGAGACCAUUCCAGUGCCCUGAGUGUGACAAGAGCUUUCGACAAAAGGGACAACUGCUCAAUCACCAGCGUUUGCACACAGGUGAAAGGCCUUUUCAGUGUCCAGAGUGCAAGAAGAGCUUCCGUCUGAAGGCUGUCAUGAAGGCCCACCUAGGAUUACACAGCAGAGAGAGGCCAUUCUCCUGCAGUGACUGUGGAAAGGGCUUCACCCAGCAAUAUAAACUCACUGAACACAUUAGAGUACAUAGUGGGGAGAAGCCUUACCAGUGUCCUGAGUGUGACAAGAAAUUCCGCCUGAAGGCAGUCAUGAAAGCCCACCAUCGCAGACACAGUGGGACAAGGCCAUUUUCUGACUCUGGUCUUGGCAAGGGCUUUACCAAACCGUCUUUACUCAAUACCCAUAUCAGAAAUCUCAUGGGGGAGAAGCUCUUCAAGUGCCAAGAAUGUGACAAGGGUUUCAGCCAGAAGAGAGAUCUUCUCACCCAUCAGCUUACACACACAGGAGAGAAGCCCUUUCAGUGCCCUGAGUGUGGAAAAAGCUUCCACCUAAAGGCUGUCAUGAAGGCCCAUCAACGCUUACAUAGUAAGGAAAGGCCAUUUACCUGUGCUGAUUGUGGCAAAGGCUUUACCAAGCAGUCUGCACUCACAAUUCAUAUCAGAGUGCACAGUGGAGAGAAACCAUUCAAAUGUUCUGAGUGUGACAAAGCUUUUCGCCUUAAGUCUGUCAUGAAGGCCCACCAGCGCAAACAUAGCGAGGAAAGACCAUUCACUUGCAAUGAGUGUGGAAAGGGCUUCAUUCAAAGGUAUAAACUUACCACUCACAUGAGAAUGCAUACUGGAGAAAAGCCCUUUCAGUGUCCAAAAUGUGACAAGAGUUUUCGUUUAAAAAAAUACCUCCUCAAACACCAGGUUGUACACACUGGUGAGAGACCCUUCCAGUGCCCUGAGUGUGACAAGAGCUUCUGUCGAAAAGCUUACAUGAAAGUUCACCAGCGCCUCCACAGUGGGGAGAGGCCUUUCUCCUGUGGUGAGUGUGGUAAGGGAUUUGUUCAAAAGUAUAAACUCACUGAACAUUUCCGAGUACACACUGGUGAGAAGCCUUUCCAAUGUGCUGAGUGUGACAAGAGCUUCCAUCAGAAAGGCCACCUGCUCAACCAUCAGCUUGUACACACGGGAGAGAGACCCUUCCAGUGCACUGAGUGUGAUAAGAGUUUUCGUCUGAAGGCUGAUAUGAAGGUCCACCAACGCAUUCACAAUGGGGAGAGACCAUUCUCUUGUGAGUGUGGCAAGGACUUCACUCAGAAAUCUGCACUUAAUACUCACCUCAAAUUGCAUGACAAGUUGAAACCCUGUAGUUAGCUAAGUAAGCCAGACAUUGAUUCUAACAGUGCCAGUAAUUCAAUUCAUUAGAGUUUUGUUGCUGUUAAGACAGAAUGAGAAUUAUAAAAAAUGCACCAGAAUUGUAACUGGCUGGGAAAACGCAACAGUGGUCAGACCAGCCUGGUGAAUUUCAUUGGGAAUCACUAGCAGUUUGGAUCUCAGAACUCAGAAUCAGCACUUGGAAUUUGUAACCCCAAAAUAUGUUAGCUUAUUCCCCUCAAAUGUAUUCAUACUACUAUUAGGGUUCUCAUGUAACUUCCAAAAUGUGCCACUAUCUACCUUUUCAGCUUCUUAUUGGAUAGAAUAUAUUCCACUGAAAAACAACCAAUGCAGUUUAUUAGAAAUGAACAAGUACAAAUGUUUUAACUAUACCAACAAACUGAGAUGCAAAAUAUUAAGAGCAGGAUUAGUCUUCAAGUACAUCAAGAAGUUAGAUAGAUAUCUUUAUGGAAUAUGUAUCUAAAAGGUCCAAGAAAAUUAGAACAUUUGUUUUGAAACAAAUAGUAAAAUAUUGAAGAAUUUGAAGUACUAGAGAUUAGGAAUUAGUUUUGAAAUUAUUUCUUAUUUAAAUAAAUCUCUUACAUAUUACAGGAGGAGAGAUCUAGAAAAGUCAGGUCUAUAUUUCCUCAUGUUGACUGCAUUGCUCAAACUUUAGAGCUUCUGGGGGGAAAAAAACCCCCACCAAGAUCAUACCAUCUUGCUGGGAAUGAGACCAAAAGAUAGCAGGUUUUUUAAAAACUCUAAAUGAAGGCCACAAAAACAUUCCUUACUAGCAGUUUUAAAUGGCCUAGGAAUUUCUUUAUAUCAUUAAAAAGAAUCAACCAAAGAAGACGAUGGGAGCUGGAGUCAAAGAAAAGAAGUCAAAGGUAUAAUUAUAACAGUGAUGUCAAGUGGGGAGAAAGGGUGGUAAGAAGAGUUGGAAUAAUGCUGACAGAAAUGGGAUUGUUGGGAAGGGCAAUGGUUUGCUGGAGAUAAUGAGUUUGGAGUGUUAGUGGAUUAUCCUAGUGGAAAGAGACUAAUUUGUGAAAUGUGGAAUUGGAUUUUGGUAUCUAUUCUUAGCCUUGGUUAGGUGACUCUGGGAUGUAUAACCCAAGCUUGGGCUGUCACCUAAUUCUCGAAAAAUUCUUCAGAACAAAAAUUAAUUUACCUUGUAAAUGCAUAUUACAUGUCACAUUGUAUUUGUAGAAUGGAAGGGAGUUUGAUGAAAUCAAAUGAUAGACUUAAAAAUCUAAAGUAAUUUGGGUAUCAACAUACUAGAAAGUAAAAGCAUAUUUCUUUUAUAACUUAACAAGACUCCAUUUUCAUUGUCUAUUCAUGUGCAAGAGAACCUGUGGCAUAGGGGGAGGACCCUAAAGGGGUUGAAACCUGGUUGCUAAUUAAUUAAGUGGGUGUUCUUGGGCAAGGUUGUAAAUUUCUCUAAACCUCAAUUCAUUUAUCUGUAACAUGAGUGAAUCUCAAUCAGAUUUUAAAUUCCCAAGGUAACUUCAACUCACAUUUUUUUCCAUUUAGGGAAUCAUUAAUCAUUUACUGUGAGCUAGCUUUUUUGAUGUAAGGGAUAUAAAACUACCUCUGUGACUUCUUUGUGCAGAUUCCAAACCAGAUUGAUUUCCAAGAUUGAAUGAAGGGAAGGGCUGUACUUCAGUGAUAAAGGAGACUCAAUUAAAAACAGAAAUAGCUUUGGUACUGAUGAACAUUGUAAUUUGGAGGCCUUUGAGGAGAUGAAAGUUACAUUUCUCAUAAGAAAACUUCAGAAGCGAUGGAUUCUCACAGUAGCAGUGGUCAGUGUUGUCUUCUCAUUUUAUUAGUAACGUGGAGAGGCUCUUUGCCUCUAGUGGUUCCAGAUGUGACAAGUUUCUCCUCCUUUCAUGAUAAUUCAGCAACAAUUGCAUUGCCAUGGCUGAAGAGUUCUGUCAACAGUGGAGGAGCAUAGGGGAUGAACCAGAGCUAUAGUCAGUCACCUGGAGAAUAUACCGAGAUGUUGUUCUUUUUUUUUUUCUCUGAAAGUUCUGUUCAAAGGACUUUGUUUAAGUUCCUGUAUUCAUGUAAGAGAAAUUGGUUGAGGAUAAUAAGUAAUGCUUAUACUACCCACUUCCUCAUGACAUUGUUGUGAAGAAAGCCCUUUUUAAGUAUAAAUAGGAGCUAUGGUAAAUAUGCAAAUACUUGCUCAUUGAUUGAUUGGAAAUAAUUGUUUUACCUUUAGAUUUAAAAAGCCUCUGGACAAAACUUUAGAUAACUGUGUGUUCUUAGAAAAACAGUGAUUGCUGGGUUCCCUUGUUAACCUGUCCCAGCUGUAUAGAGUGACCAUUUUUCAUUCUCAGGCUAUCAAACACAAGAUAAAAGUUGAAUUCCUAACUACAGGAAUCAGAUACAAAGUGCUAUGGUGCCAGGUUUAAAAAAAAAAAAAUCACACAGGUCCCCAGGCUCAGUAAAUGGGAAGUAGUCCUGUGAUUACCCUCUUGCUCCUAUUUAAUGUGUUCCCGUUUUCUGUGCCCAAGUCGUGUUUCAGGUGGUGGUGUGAUUGGCAAGCUUGUUCAGUUUUAUUGUAUUAAUUACAGUAAUAAAGUAUCUUUGAAUUCAGAAAGUCUGCUUUCAUAGUUGGGGAAGAUUCAGCUUUCUCCUUGGGGUCCUAUAGUGGAGUUGUGUAGCUCUCAGUUGAUAACCCUUAAUCAUUGUCUGAUGUUUGUAUAACAGAUGUUGAUACUUCUGAAGACUUGGCUCUGAAUACUUAUGGGAAAUUUGAGUGUGAUGCUAGUACUACAAGGCUAUCAAAAGUCUUCAGCUUCCUCUUAAAAGGACCAGAAAAAGCCCUGAUUAUUGGGUUAAAUUGUAUGAAAGAGCUCCUUCCUGAAUUAGAAUUGCAGCUGAAAACUCUUGCUGAGCAGAGACAAGUUUGAAGUAUAUACAUUUAACAUGUUGAAAUGGCUGCUCUAAUCUACAUCUUGAGUCAGGUUCCUGUGGAAAUGGUUUGAAGUAUAAAACGUAUCACAAAAUGAAAGGCAUUUGUCUUUAUUGAUUGUUCCUUAUUUGGGAAUUAUCUAAUACUUCUGCACUAGAUGGCACCGUAGCUUGAGCUCCAAACCUGGAGUGAGGAAAACCUAAUUCCAGUCCAGACUCAGAUACUUAUUAGCUGUUAAA